GAGCGGCGGCGGCGGGCAUCCAUGUCGGCGAGCAGGGAUUAGCGCGGCGGGCACCCAGCCGAGCGGAGGGGGCGGCCGGCCCGUCGCCCCCUUCCCGCGGGGUCUCCGGCGGGAGCGAGCCAUACCCGGCUGGCGGGGGCGGGUGGACAUGGCUGACCGGAGCGCGCCGAGCUGCCACCUGCGGCUGGAGUGGGUCUACGGCUACCGGGGUCAUCAGUGCCGCAACAACCUCUACUACACGGCGGCCAAGGAGAUCGUCUACUUCGUGGCGGGGGUCGGCGUGGUCUACAGCCCCCGGGAGCACCGGCAAAAAUUCUACCUGGGGCACCAGGACGACAUCAUCAGCCUUGCUUUGCAUCCCGAACGCGUGUUGGUGGCAACAGGUCAAGUUGGGAAGGAACCAUACAUCUGCGUGUGGGAUUCAUACACUGUGCAGACUGUAUCUGUUCUGAAGGACGUUCACACACAUGGUAUAGCUUGCUUGGCCUUUGAUUUAGAUGGUCAGCGUUUGGUCUCAGUUGGUUUGGAUUCGAAAAACACAGUUUGUGUAUGGGACUGGAGAAAAGGAAAAUUAUUAUCAAUGGCUCCUGGUCAUACAGACAGAAUAUUUGAUAUUUCUUGGGAUUUAUACCAGCCAAACAAGCUCGUCAGCUGUGGCGUAAAACACAUCAAGUUCUGGAGCUUGUGUGGCAACUCAUUGACGCCAAAACGUGGUGUCUUUGGCAAGACUGGUGAUCUCCAGACUAUAUUGUGCCUCGCCUGUGCUAGGGAUGAAGUGACGUAUUCUGGUGCAUUGAAUGGAGAUAUAUACGUAUGGAAAGGAAUCAACCUUGUACGGACAAUACAGGGAGCACAUGCUGCAGGAAUUUUCAGCAUGAAUGCAUGUGAAGAGGGGUUUGCCACUGGUGGCAGGGAUGGCUGUGUUCGCUUGUGGGACUUAAAUUUUAAACCAAUUACUGUGAUUGAUCUCAGGGAAACAGACCAGGGAUACAAAGGUCUCUCUGUAAGAAGUGUUUGCUGGAGAGGAGACCAUAUACUCGUUGGGACUCAAGAUAGUGAAAUUUUUGAAAUUGUGGUGCAUGAGCGUAAUAAGCCUUUCCUGAUAAUGCAGGGGCACUGUGAAGGAGAGCUGUGGGCUUUGGCUGUCCAUCCUACAAAGCCCCUGGCCAUGACUGGAAGCGAUGAUCGAUCAGUCAGAAUUUGGAGUUUAAUAGACCAUGCUCUGAUUGCCCGGUGCAACAUGGAAGAACCCAUUCGCUGUGCCGCGGUUAGUACUGAUGGAAUCCAUCUUGCUCUUGGAAUGAAGGAUGGCUCUUUCACUGUGCUUCGGGUCAGAGAUAUGACUGAGGUUGUUCAUAUCAAAGACAGGAAAGAAGCUAUUCAUGAACUCAAAUAUUCUCCAGAUGGGAAUUUCCUAGCUGUUGGUUCCAAUGACAGCUCUGUGGAUGUAUAUGGUGUUGUUCAGCGAUACAAGAAAGUUGGGGAAUGUGUUGGAUCCUUAAGCUUCAUCACGCAUAUGGAUUGGUCUUCAGACAGUAAAUACUUACAGACCAAUGAUGGCAAUGGAAAGAGACUUUUUUACAGAAUGCCAAGUGGAAAAGAAGUGACAAACAAGGAGGAAUUGAAGGGCAUUCAGUGGGCAUCAUGGACCUGUGUUUCUGGUGUUGAAGUUAAUGGAAUCUGGCCCAAAUAUUCAGAUAUAAAUGAUAUAAAUUCUGUGGAUGCGAAUUUUAUUGGGCAAGUUAUGGUUACAGCUGAUGAUUAUGGAAUAGUAAAGCUCUUUCGGUACCCAUGUCUAAGAAAAGGAGCAAAGUUUAAAAAAUAUCUUGGUCAUUCUGCUCAUGUGACAAACGUCAGAUGGUCGCAUGAUCACCAAUGGGUUGUUUCCAUUGGGGGAGCUGAUCAUUCUGUCUUUCAGUGGAAGUUUGUCCCCGACCGCAAGUUGAAGGACACUCUUCAUAUAGCACCCCAAGAGAGUCUGGUUGAUUCUAAUAGUGAUGAAUCAGAUUCAGAUCAGUCUGAUGUUCCAGAGCUGGACUCUGAAAUUGAACAAGAGACGCAGAUCACCUAUCGUCGACAGGUUUACAAAGAAGAUCUACCUCAACUUAAAGAGCAAUGCAAAGAAAAAAGAAAAAGUGCAGCUUCUAAGAGACGUGAGCGAGCUCCAGGGAACAGUAUAAGACUACAUUUUGUUCAUGGUUACAGAGGUUACGACUGUCGAAGCAAUCUCUUCUACACUCAGACGGGUGAAAUUGUAUACCAUGUGGCAGCGGUGGGAGUGGUGUACAACCGGCAGCAGAACACACAGCGCUUUUAUCUAGGUCAUGAUGAUGACAUUCUUUGCCUUGCUAUUCAUCCCUUAAAGGACUAUGUGGCAACAGGCCAGGUCGGUCGGGAUUCCUCAAUACACAUUUGGGAUACAGAAACAAUAAAGCCACUCUCAGUAUUAAAGGGCUAUCACCAGUAUGGUGUUUGUGCUGUUGAUUUUUCAGCGGAUGGGAAACGAUUGGCUUCUGUUGGAAUAGAUGACAAUCACACUAUUGUACUCUGGGAUUGGAAGAAAGGAGAAAAGCUUUCAGCAGUAAGGGGAAGCAAAGAUAAGAUCUUCGUUGUUAAGAUUAAUCCUUACAUGCCUGAUAAAUUGAUUACAGUUGGAAUUAAACACAUGAAGUUCUGGCGGAGAGCAGGAGGAGGACUAAUUGGGAGAAAGGGCUGCAUAGGUGCGCUGGGAAGAACCGACACAAUGAUGUGUGCAGUGUAUGGCUGGACGGAAGAGAUGGCGUUCUCUGGAACCUCCACGGGGGAUGUGUGUAUUUGGAGAGAUGUGUUUCUCAUAAAAACUGUCAAAGCACAUGAUGGUCCUGUGUUCAGCAUGCACGCAUUGGAAAAAGGAUUUGUCACUGGAGGAAAGGAUGGGGUAGUAGCUCUCUGGGACGAUACCUUUGAACGUUGUCUCAAAACCUAUGCCAUCAAAAGGGCUGCUCUGGCUCCCGGAUCCAAAGGUCUCCUCUUAGAAGAUAAUCCUUCUAUACGUGCCAUAUCGUUAGGACAUGGUCAUAUUCUAGUGGGCACAAAGAAUGGUGAAAUAUUGGAGGUGGAUAAAAGUGGACCAAUAACUCUGCUGGUUCAGGGUCACAUGGAGGGGGAAGUUUGGGGUCUAGCUACUCAUCCUCAUUUACCUAUUUGUGCCACUGUAAGUGAUGACAAAACCUUAAGAAUAUGGGAUUUAUCUCCUAGCCAUUGUAUGUUAGCGGUUCGCAAAUUGAAAAAGGGAGGCAGAUGUUGCUGCUUUUCUCCUGAUGGAAAAGCAUUAGCUGUUGGUCUCAACGAUGGAAGUUUUUUGAUAGUUAAUGCAGAUACCCUGGAGGAUUUAGUCUCUUUCCAGCACAGGAAGGAUGUUAUUUCAGAGAUCAGAUUUUCUCCUGGGACUGGAAAGUACUUAGCCGUGGCAUCCUGUGACAACUUUGUAGAUAUUUACAAUGUAAUGAGCAGUAAAAGAGUAGGAAUCUGCAAGGGAGCCUCCAGCUAUAUCACGCACAUGGACUGGGACAUAAGAGGGAAACUUUUGCAAGUCAACACUGGUGCUAAAGAGCAGUUGUUUUUUGAAGCCCCUCGUGGGAAAAAACAGAUAAUUCCUAGUUUGGAGGUAGAAAAGAUUGGCUGGGCAUCAUGGACAAGUGUUUUGGGCUCUUGCUGUGAAGGGAUCUGGCCCAUAAUUGGUGAAGUCACAGAUGUAACUGCUUCAUGCCUCACUAGUGAUAGUAAAGUAUUAGCCACAGGAGAUGAUUUUGGAUUCGUGAAACUGUUUCGAUACCCUGCUAAAGGAAAGUUUGGAAAAUUUAAGAGGUAUGUUGCUCACAGUACCCAUGUGACAAAUGUCCGCUGGACCUACGAUGACAGUCUGUUGGUCACUGUUGGAGGAGCAGACACCUCUUUAAUGCUGUGGACUUACGAGAUGGAAGGACAUCGGGAUAGCAGGCAGUGUGACAGUGAAGAGUCUGAUCUCGAUUCUGAAGAAGAUGGAGGUUAUGACAGUGAUGUGACAAGGGAAAAUGAAAUUAAUUACACCAUCAAAGCCUUAUCAACAAACAUUAGACCAAUGUUUGGAAUUAAGCCUCAUCUGCAACAAAAGGAGCCAACCUUAGAUGAAAGGCAGGGGGUAGUAAGAGGUUCCAGACCACCAGUUAGUAGGGCAUUGCCACAGCCGGAGAAACUGCAGACAAAUAAUGUGGGGAAAAAAAAGAGACCUAUAGAGGACCUAAUUUUGGAGCUGGUAUUUGGGUAUCGAGGCAAGGACUGCAGAAACAAUGUGCACUAUUUGAAUGAUGGUGCUGAUGUAAUUUAUCACACUGCAUCUAUUGGGAUCUUGUAUAAUGUGGCAACAGGCUCUCAGUCAUUUUACCAGGAACACAAUGAUGAUAUUUUGUGCCUCACUGUGAAUCAGCACCCCAAGUUUAUCAACAUAGUGGCAACUGGCCAAGUAGGAGACUCAGCAGAUAUGUCAGGUCUUGCUCUGAAAGAUUUGGUCAGUUCUUAUUCAGGAAAUCUAGCUACAGCUCCUUCUAUUCACGUGUGGGAUGCAAUGAACAAGCAGACACUGUCCGUACUGCGGUGCUACCAUUCCAAGGGCGUGUGCUCAGUCAGUUUCAGUGCCACCGGCAAACUGCUGCUGUCCGUAGGGCUGGAUCCCGAACAUACCAUUACCAUUUGGAAGUGGCAGGAAGGUGCCAAAAUUGCCAGCCGAGCUGGUCAUAACCAGCGUAUAUUUGUCGCAGAAUUCAGGCCAGAUUCAGAUACACAGUUUGUUUCUGUGGGAGUUAAACAUGUAAGGUUCUGGACACUGGCUGGAAGAGCUCUCCUCAGUAAAAAAGGGCUGCUGAGCUCCAUAGAAGAUGCCCGCAUGCAGACCAUGCUUUCUGUAGCUUUUGGAGCGAAUAACUUGACAUUUACAGGUACUAUCAGUGGAGAUGUUUGUGUUUGGAAAGACCAUGUGUUGAUACGAAUUGUGGCCAAAGCUCACAAUGGACCUGUUUUCACAAUGUAUACCACACUGAGGGAUGGUUUGAUUGUUACAGGAGGCAAAGAAAGGCCUUCAAAGGAAGGAGGAGCAGUUAAGCUAUGGGAUCAGGAGCUGAAACGAUGUCGUGCCUUCAGACUAGAGACGGGACAAAUCACAGACUGUGUUCGCUCUGUUUGUAGAGGCAAGGGGAAAAUUCUCGUCGGGACACGAAAUGCUGAAAUAAUUGAAGUUGGAGAGAAAAAUGCAGCAUGUAACAUUCUAAUUAAUGGUCAUAUGGAUGGACCAAUCUGGGGCCUGGCAACGCAUCCGUCCAGAGAUUUUUUCCUUUCUGCUGCAGAAGAUGGCACAGUAAGACUCUGGGAUAUUGCUGAAAAGAAGAUGCUGAACAAAGUCAGCUUAGGACAUGCAGCUCGUACUGUUUGUUACAGCCCAGAAGGUGAUAUGGUAGCUAUUGGCAUGAAAAAUGGAGAAUUUAUUAUCCUGCUUGUGACCUCUCUAAAAAUUUGGGGGAAAAAAAGGGACAGAAGAUCAGCAAUCCAAGAUAUCAGGUUUAGCCCAGACUCUCGUUACCUAGCAGUUGGUUCCAGUGAGAAUGCAGUGGAUUUUUAUGAUCUGACUUUGGGCCCGACACUAAAUCGAAUCAGCUAUUGCAAAGAUAUCCCAAGUUUUGUAAUCCAGAUGGACUUCUCUGCUGAUAGCUCUUAUCUCCAGGUCUCUACGGGGUCUUACAAAAGGCAAGUGUAUGAAGUGCCUUCAGGAAAGCAGCUUGUGGACCAGGCUGUGAUUGACAGAAUAACAUGGGCUACUUGGACAAGUGUUCUAGGGGAUGAAGUAAUUGGAAUCUGGUCCAGGCAUGCUGAAAAAGCUGAUGUGAACUGUGCUUGUGUCUCUCACUCGGGAAUCAAUCUUGUAACAGGCGAUGAUUUUGGCAUGGUCAAACUAUUUGACUUUCCAUGUCCUGAAAAAUUUGCAAAACAUAAACGAUUUUUAGGUCACUCUGCUCACUUAACUAAUAUUCGAUUCACAAGUGGAGACAGAUACGUGGUCAGUGCUGGAGGGGACGACUGCAGCUUAUUUGUUUGGAAGUGUGUGCAUAUGCCUCAUUGAGGGAGACAUGGAGACUUGCAAAGAGGACACUGCAUGAAGUACCAGGCAUGAAAUAACCCAGGAUUGCAAUGUGACAUUCUACUGUGCCCUGCAUGCGUAAGAAAUGACCCAAGACACAGAGCAAUCUGUCUCUGACAGACAGGACCUGGAGUCUGCCAGAAGGAUGGACUGUCACAAACACACUGAGGCUAGGUUGGCUUCAGUGUCAGAUAAUCUGGGUUUGUAUUCCACUCACUGCCAGAUGUUGAAAAUGAAAUAUGUGGAUGAAAGGAAAAAGUGAAUUGUUAAUCAAUGUACAGUUUCACAGCAAGUUCUUGGGGUUUUAAUCGAGAGAUGCUAUUUCUGACCUAGUGCUGUACAUUGAUCUAUUUUCAGCAUGAAUGUUUUUCCUUUAAGUUUUGAGGUCUAAAUAGCAUAGAUUAAAAGAGUAUUCCAUAUUUUAUUACUGGGAGAGACCAUAUAUUAACUCUUAAAUAUAUAGUAUUUUAAUAAAUGUUUAAUUAUUAUAAUGGAAAUUAUAUUUCUAUGGCUGGUCAAAAGGAAAUAUCAUAUCUGGUGAAGCAGAAAAUAAUAGAGUUGAUUCCUUAUGACUGAAAUAUUUCCGUAUUUAGAGGCCUGGGUCACAGUCAUGUCUGGUGAAAGCCGUUGGAUAUGCAUGAUCUUCAUGGCUAAUUUAGUGUUUUUGUUGCACUUAAACAUUAAAUUAGUUCUAUGAGCAAAAAUAGAUUUGCUCACUUCGCGAGUGCCUUGCCCACUACCUAAAAGUCUAACUCCCAAUUUUUGCCUUGUGAAUAAAAGUAUUCUCAGUGGAAGAGAGAUUAUUGCUGUGUUACUUGACUGGGUUGUGAGCCUCUCUGCUGGAAAUGAGGACCAGGGUGAGGAUUUUGUAGUCUUCUUGUUGAUAAAGCUUGGGAUGUCACCAGUGGCAAAAAUAGAAUUUCAGAGCAAUAUGAAUUGAUUUUAUUUUCUCAGCAUCAUAGGGGAGAUUCAGAGAGAACUUUGCAAGCAUUAUAUUUUAUACAUUUGAACUUUUUAACAGAGUUAGGACUAGCUGGGAGAUGUCUCUAUUCAGAUUUCUCUUCUGAUUGUAAAAAAUGUCCAAUCAUCUGCUUCCUUCAAUGGACCUGCUGUCACCUCAAGCAUUUAUUCUAUCCUGCAACAUAACUGAAUUCUAAGUUGGAAAGACAUUUCCAUGGUGAUAAACACCUGAACAAAGCUGUGUUUUUGGGUACAAGUGAGGAAGAUUUCAUUAGCUGUUUGUCUAAAUCAUGUCAUAGAGAAGCAUUACAGACAGUUCAUAUUCAUGCAACAUAGCAGGGAUCAAAAGUCACUAAUUAUCAGCACUGCUCUCAUUGUGGCAUUCUGCUGUGAACAGAAAGCUCUCUUUCUGUGCAAGCCAGCGUUGCUUUGACAGUGGCACUUGUUUAGGUCAGUCAAUAGGCUUCACUAUUAUUCAUCUCCUGCUUUUUCUUAUGCCAGAUGAAAAAGAAAUAAACCUCAUCUCUUCUUGUGUGCAUGUUGGUUACAGAGGGAAUGGGAGGGCUUGCAGGUAGAAGAGAACAGUUACAGAGCUGAACUUCUGUGCUCUCCUUUUUAUGUGCUAUACAAAACUAGUUACCCAACUGUUUUAGGUAAUAUAUUUUAUAUAUCAAGCUAUAACAAAUAUUUAUUUUAAAGAAGUUGAUGAACUAAACGGUUAUCAGGUUUCUCAGCAUGAUGGUUCUUAGCAAAGUCUUGCCAGUCAUGCAGCUGCUAUUCUACAGGAGCAAAAACUCUAAGGAUUUGGUCAUGAGUGUACAGGGAGAUCUUGCCAGUAAUGUUUUUGAGUUUAGGGGAAUUGCAUAUGAGAGUUGUGAUUAGACCUGAUGUAUCUUAUAACCUUGUUUCCUGUCUCUGUUGUACAUGAAAAUUAGUCUCUGGUGUUUAUAUCUUCUCUUUACCAGAGAAAUGGUUUGCAGUGUGCUCUUUGAUGGCUGUGAUUCUAUCCCUUAUUAAACACAUCUGUGCAGGACUUUCGGACUUGAAGUAAGAUCUGUCCUGCCUCUAUUUUAAAGUUGCCUUUCAUUGGAUCGAGAUGGAUGACUGUUAAGAGCUCCCUCACAGUCUGCCCUACUCAGACUGUCAGAUCAAAGUCCGUAUUUUUCUGUCUCUGAGUUUUCCCCUCAAAAUCCUAGGCUCAGUGAGCUCUUCUGUAGGCCUUCACCCAGUGAAGGAGGUAUGUGGAUCAAGAGGGUUUUUUCCUGGAAUCCCUGUUGCUGGUCCUCUUCUCUUCUCCUCCCUCCCCCUACACCCUUCAUUAAUGUUGUGCCUCUCCACUGAUAAUUUGUCCAUUGGUGCUUUUCCCCUGAGGAAUCCCAAAGGCCACUCCAGAGCUGAAGGAUGAGAAGAAAGGGGCAGGUGAAUUGCAGCAGGGCUGCUCUGAGAGGGGCGAGGCUGAGAGCUGCAGUGGGAGAGGCUGAGCCUCCAGGUCUCCCUGCUUCUUCACUCUCUUCCAAACCUCACUGCUACUGUAAAGGGCUGGGAUGGGAGCUGGAAGCUGAGGAGCUCUUCAAAAACUGAACUGCCAGCAUUGUUCCUCCUCUUGCAGCCCAAACUGGUAGCUAGUGUUUUCCCUGGUGAAACUGCUCCAUGGUUUGCCAGGUAAAAUGGUGGCAGCCAGCUGGGAAUUAUCACAAAUGUUGAGGAGAAGAGUAGCAGAGCUUCAGUUGCAGUUUGGAACAUAAUGUAGCUGUGAUUCUCUGCUGAAGUGAAGAGCUGGCUGUCAGCAUGGUCCAAGUUGGCAGCUUUGUGGUGGUUUUUGUCUUUUUGUCUGUGAUGGUGCUUGCUACCGUGCCUCAUUUACUGUUUACAUUAAAUGCUACUGUAGUAACUUGCUAAUUGUUGCCACCCAUGCUUGAAGCAUGUGCACAUGGGAACAGGCUGCCUGUUCUGAUAGGCAGUGGGAGCUCGAGGCUGGAUGCUCCACGGAGAAAUCAAAGGAUGACAGAACCCCGUAGGAUAGGUCAGGAAAGAAGCUGGAAUGUGGAGAGACUAGUGAAAGCCUUUCAUCUGGAAGCAUCAGAGAGAACUGAGAGCAGGAGGGCUCUGCCUGAAGCUGGAGAAAGCCUCUUCUGGGGUUAUACAGCACCAGGGAAGGGGAGGCAAAAGUUCUUUGUAUAAUUUAAUCACUAGUGGAUGAUUUUGUACUAUAGCUUGUGGUUUUGGUUAGCAGCAAACAUACAUCUUUGGGAUCUUUAGUCAGCAAUAUUUUUGGUAAUAAAAGAAAUUAACUAGAAAACUGAGUCAAUUAAAAUAAAAUUACAUUUCACUUAAAAAAAUAAAUAUGCCCUUGAAAGCUAUUAAGCAUACUUAGAAAAAAGAGAAUAAGGAAAAUCCAGCUCCUAGGAGCAAAGAAAUACUAAAAAUAAACGCAUUUAGAACUGAAAGUUGACGUAAUGCAGGAACCGAGGAACACAGUUGGGAAUUAGGUCAGAGAGAGCAAAUUACCCAAAUAUGUUGAAUCAUUUAGACUUGAAAUCUUUUUUUUUUAAAUUCUCAAGAAGGCAGUCAGCAUAUAUGACUUUCUGAUUUUGCUAGGGAAAGCAAGAAAUGCUGUGAAACUAAAGGAUAGGAUUUCAGAAAAUUAAGGCUAUUUUAUCACUUGGUGACAGCUGAGGAAAAGCACACAUUCAGAGCAGCUUCUUACUUUGCUCUGUAUCAGGGUUUCAGUGUUAGCAAGAUUCAUUUCAGCAUAACUGAACUUUCUACCAGUCAGGUUAAUGCUGGCCUGGAAUUGUGCCAUCAGAAAGCAGGUACACUGCAGGUGAGACACCUCCUCAGUCUAGAACACGACCAAAAUAAAGGGCUUCAGUACCAAGAGCAGGAUUUUGAUAGCAUUCAGGAGUGGCUUAGUUUAAAACUAUGAUCCCCUUCUCUAAGCUGCUGCCUAAACCACCUCAGCCCCACUGUUUGAGCUGCCAGUUUGCCAAGAGACCCAGCGCCCUGGAGCUGGCCCCAAGCACCUUCCCUGCCUCAGAAUGCUGCUCAGAGCCCAGGCUGGAUGUGCUGGGCAAAGUGUAAGAGUGUGACAAGAAAAGGAUGUUGGCUUCAAAUACAGCAUUUAAUUAGGCAAGGUGACAUGUUCCCUGUGUCAUUUUCAGUGUCAGAGAUGUGACCAGCCUUAAUCCUGAAAGUGUUUUUUUUUUUUAAUUCUGUUAAGCUGUAGGCAGUAGUCUUGAACAAAGUGGACCAUCCUGUAGACUCUACAGAAAGGGAAGUAAGAGUGCAAGUCACAAAAUGAAUUGCCACAUCAGUGGUGUAAACACCCCUAGUUGCAUUGCAUUUGUGUGCUUUUUUGUUCUUACUGGGUUUUUUAAUGCUUCCUUGCAAUCUGCUCUGUUUUUCUAAAAUUUUUAGCAGCAUUUGAUUUCUGCUCAUGUGGAUAGAUCCAUGUGCUUGCCAAAGCCUGCUGUCAUUCUUCACACCACUCACUGUUGGGUGGUUACACGAAGCCCAUUUAUUUUGUUGGCCCUGGCUUCUGCUCUUCAGUUGACUUUGACUUCAGACUUGAAUUCUGCAUAUCUCAUUUUAGAAAUAAAAAUAGAAUAGUUUUAGGUGUCUAAUAUGCAUAAAAGCCACAAUAGGUUUCCUUGCCAAAAUCAUUUGCAUCUGAGGUGUUUUUCUCAGUGAAUUUGAUGCUAGAACACUCACCAUCCUUUUCUCAGUUUACUAACAGCAAACAAGUCAUAACCUUAAUACCUUGAUCUCUUUUUUAGUUUACUGUGAGAUCAGCAAUCCAGCCAAUUCACUACUUCUUUGGAAAGUAAAGGAGAAAAAAAGCAUGGAACACGUGUUCUCUUCCCCCUCUGUUUAAAACAAAACAACAGAAAGUGUAAGGUCUUAGCAUGAUGACAAUUGGCAAUUCUUAAAAUUUCCGUAAUUCUUAUAAUAUCUUCUUUUUUUUGGAAUUAUGGAACAUAGGGUGGAGGAAACAGUAACAGGAAACCAGUAAAUGCACAUGGAGAAAAGGCAGAAGAAAGGAAAGCAGAGAAAGGAACACUCAAAAAUAGGCAAAGGCAAGAUGGAAGAACUGACAUGGGAGGUGGUGAGUGGCAAACAUCUUGCUUCAAGUGGGAAGUAUUCAGUGGCUGCUUGGGAAGUGUGAGGACUUCCUUACACUUCCUUAGGAGAGCAGGAGAGGGCUCAAGGGAAGGCUGCAGGCAACUUUGGUUGCUCUAUUUUUGGGAAGAUGCAGCCACUUCCACUCACUGCUGUCUCCACUCUUGUACCUGUGGGACACCUGUUUAGAGCUGAGGUUACCCACAGCUGCAGUGGAGGCACGUUGGAACAAAGACAGUGCUAUAAAGAGAGAAGUGCUCUGUAGUACUGAGAGCUCAGGCAAAAGAGUUUAAGGAUGUAUUUCAAAAGGCUACUCAUCUUUCCACCUAAACCAAACAUGAAUUGUUUUAAUAGGCCUGCUCUGAAAAUGUUCUUUAAACAAAAAAUACUAAACCAAAGAAAUAUUAUACUUCAGAAAACUCUUCAUAACCAAGCUGUAGCAAUUACUGCCUCUCUUGUUUCUUUCCUAUUCAGCAGUUCUUGGUUCUGUUCCCAGGCAUUCACAACAUUUAAGAUGACAGACAUGAAAACUGUGGGUUCUAUUAUGUUUAACCUGAGGUGUGACAGCGAGAGGAAUCUGCACACGGCAGUUUGGAUCCUACUUGAGUCAAGUUUUCCUUCAGUGGUUCCAUGCCAUGGGCCUUCAAAUAUAUAGGAACUCAGGUGAAUAUAAUGUAGACCCUACAAAUACAUCUGAAUAGAAAUAAAUCAAUAUAAAGUUCUUGAUUUUAUCCCAUAGUAAACCAUUACAAAAAAGGAAGUAAUUAAGGUAAACUUUAAGUAAAAACAAUCCAAACUCAUUAUAGGUGCUGGGUAGACAACUGGACUUGUAGCAACUCUUUGUAAGAAACACACAAUUUGUGCAUGAAUAGCUGGACUGAUCCUUCUCCACCUGCUAGAGGGCAGUUGAGUAUGGGACAUGAGAGGCAGGAUGUUCCUAUUGCUCAGUGUGUUUGGAUUUCUCUUCCAUAAGCCAAAAUAGGUGUUUCCUUAGUUUCUGUUGCUGUUUGUGGGAUAACUUCAAGACCCUACAAAGUGAUUUUGCCCGUAGCAGCACAUAUCUCGCUCAGUUUGGGCACAGAUGUCAUGUGAGAGCUUACUGAAAAACAGAAAGAAACCCCAGACCAAAACCAACAAACUUCAAAUGUUUUUUGUUUUUUAAUGAUAUCCCCCAAACUAUUGUCAUGUUUGUUCCAGUGAUGUGAAGAUAUGUGUGAUUUGCACUGUUUGUAGAGGAAAGCAGGUUCUAUCCACUUAACUGCUGAGUGGCCCCCACAUAAUGGGUGUUUUAGACCAGAGCAUUAAGGCCAGUUGUGCUUUACCAGUUUUCUAAAAUGAGUACUUAGGAGGGGACAAAUGCCACUGUCCCAUCAUGUGUGAUGCUGCAGAGCUCAUAAAACCGCUGCUGCCUUCAGCUGUUCUCAGUGGGACUGAGGCCAGAGCUGAGGCUGUAAGGACAAAAAUGUAAAUUACUGCAACAAGCGUUGCAUUCGUGGGUUCUGAAAAAAGAGCUGUAGUAGAGGGGUAUUUUAUUUUCAGUCCUCUACAGGAUUGUAAGCCUUUAGGGAAAACAAAAAGGAAAUGUUCAUGUAAUAUCCUCCAUUAUUCCUUCCUUAGCUUUGGUUAUUACUGCUCUUCCUCCUUCUCACAGAAGCCCUUAUCCCAGCUCCCCACCGCCAAAUAAGUUUAUUUUUCCACUGUAGUGGCUGUGGUCAGCCAGCUUUAACCACAGCUUUGCUGUCACUGUGGGCAUUUGUAAUGCAAAGCCAAUCCCAAGCAUUCUGUUGCUGAAAAUGAAUUUUCUAUUAACUUAGUUGCAAAUUCUUGCGAUGGGGGAGAAGGGGGGGAUCUUUCCAUGCAAUGGAGCUGUAAGUGGUACUGCCAUAACACCAUGCUUUUUUCAACCACCAGUUGCACCCAGGACAUGUGCUACACUGUAUUCUUUUGGAAUCCAGUAAACAUCCUUUCUAAAGAAACUCCAGGCAUGAACACAGACACACAUUGCAUGAAAUAAAAAUGGUUUCCUGUACUUUUGUGAAAUAUUGGUGCUGUUAGGUAGUACUUUACACAUUUCUGGUCUGUUUUUCCUUUUCUUGCUACUAACGUACCCUGGUGUUGUGGUUUCAGGUGCAAAAUAGCUUGAAUUUUUUUUUUUAACCAGUAUCUGGUAAUUAGCUUCAUUUCUGCUUUUUAGUUCAGUUAUGGGUAAACAGCAUAAAGUAAUGGAAAAGCUGCAUUACUGAUUUGUGAAACAAGUUAAGGCAUUUUAAUGUAAAAUUCCAUCUCAGAAUACACUCAAGCCCAAAAUGGUAACUUAAAAAUGUAACAAACUAAGUAAAUGCAUUAGAACCAUUCCCUUUAAAAAAAAAAUGCACUUUUAGCUUUGUGGCUUGGUUUGUUCACUAUUUUUAGCAGAGGAAAAGCAGCAGCUCCUUUUCUCAUGCUGAACACUGUGCAACUGGUGACAGCCCAGCACAGCAGUGGAAAUGCAGCAAUGGGGAUGGUUCUGCUUUUCUGCUGCCCUUACAAAUUAUUGUCUCCUCAUCUCACAUGGAAAACAGCUUCAUGGUGGCAGCUAUUUCUGCAAGGGACAGUUAAUAAAGGCAUUGGGAAAUUCUGUAGAAAAAUAAUGUUCUUUGCAGUCUUUCAUCUGGAAACCCAUUCCAGCAGUGCUCUGUGCAGCACCAGAGCAUCUCCUUUCCUUUCCGCUCUCCCGUCAGGUCACCUUACAAAAAUAUUUUAGUGUAGUUCUUUAAGCUUAAAAUCCAGUUGUCUGUUCAGAUUUGUUGUUUCAUUAUGGAGUGUGUCAGAUAAUCCUCUUGCUUUAACAGGAAAAAAAAAAAAAAAAAAAAAGGUAUUUUAAACUAGUCCAAAGGUGUAGUCAUGUAUUACUG